AUGGCUCUGCAUCUUCUCCUGAUGCUGUUUGUGCUGGCUGCUACCCUCCUCACUGACCAGGCUCAAGGCAUUAGCAGCUCAGCCUCAGACUGCUGUCUGAACUACAGCCGGAGAGCCAUCCCCAGCAGGUUGGUGAAGUCCUACAACAUCCAGGAAACAGCAUUGGGGUGUGCUAUAUCUGCUGUGGUGUUUAUCACCAAGAAGGACAAGAAAAUCUGUGCCUCUCCCGACAACCCUACUGUCCAGAGGCUGAUGAAGAACCUAGACAAGAAGGUCAAGAGUGACAAUAAGAACAAGAAACAAGAACAGCCUUCACAUUCCAGGGCCAGAUCCAAGCGGCAGAAGCAAUAG